CAUUCCAAAACCACAAACAUACAUAGUAAAACGCCUAAUCGUUUCACUGGAAGUGUUAUUGUUAACAUAAUGCGUCAAGCAACGCAUUUCUUCCUUAAUCCACGCCCCUUCACACUGGAUUAUAAAACAGGUAUACAGCCCCUGAGAUGAAAAACCGUGCAUUGAGAUACUUUGAAUCGGGAUGUGCAUAAACUGAGCAGCCCCUUCAGUUCAGCAGCAUUGGUGAGACACACUGUUUUUGUCAUUUCUGGACCCUGCACAACAUUUCAAUAACAAAUUAACAUCGUUUACUAUCGCGCUUCUUGGGGAUUAAAGAAGAGAGCCGCAUUUCCACGGGGUUUGCUGCUUGCGAAUAGAAAUGCUUACUUUCAACAUGAACCCCGAAGGUCGAUGCGCGCAGAGCCUCGAGGACAUCUCCAGCAGUGACGCGGGGUAUGGAAGCAACAGGUCACCGUUACCCGGACAACCGGCAAGUCCCCAAAACAUCCCCGCGUCACCGGCCUCGGGUUUAACUGAGGUCAAUAAUCUGGACAGGGAGCGGGCGCUGGCACAGGGGUCUCCGCCUGCUUCACUUAACACGGAUCGUUACCCUGACUCCAAUCUGGGAAAAACACAACCUCAGAAAAGAUAUAUAGGAGUCAGGGUUAGAUUGCCUGUCAAAGACAUGCUGAGAAAAAUCAGAAUUGCAAAAGGCGUCGAUCCUAGUGACUUGCAGGAAACCCCAGCGAAAGGAUCCAAACCACAUUCAGGAGACAAAAGACGAGUUUAUCCCAAUUCAGAAAGGCGAAACAGGCAGAAUAAGUUGUCAGCAAAGAGCCUGGAAGUUUUGGAUAUGCUUGUUGAGGUCUUGGAAGAGGAUUUAAGAACAAGCAAAUCCAACAGACACAAAGCAUCGCAAGGCAUGUUCCCAAACUGUGUUUCUCAAACCCCCUACCCCAACCUGCAGAGAGUCCCAUGGAAACAAGACUUUAUCAACCAGGCGUCUAACUCCCUUAUGGAGUACUGCCCAGGGAGCAGCACGCCACCGUCGCAAAGUUAUUACCUUCCAACUGAUUUCUCUCCAGCGAGCUCCCCAGAAAGCCUUGAUUACAACGCCUCUCCAAAUUACGAGCCAACGCCGGUCCAGUCCCCGGUCUUUACAAACGACUGUGCGGAGGAAACGUUGCCUGUCCAACAUUCUUACACUGCGUAUUCGCCGCUGAGCGUGGACUACCAGGUGUCCCCUCCGUCCCCUGCAGAAUCCGUGUACCACAGUCCACAGUCACACCUUUACAAAGGGCGUCUGGACACAAACCGCGGCGAUUCUCCGGUGACAUUUAAGAAUCAUUCUCCGAACGACCUGCGGCAGGACACGGGAGGGCUUUCCUUUUUCCGGUUUCAACUGCAGAGGGAAGAGAGUUUCCUCCGCACGAUUUCUGAUCAGGAGCUGUUCGCGGUGGAUAAAUGUGGGAACACAUUGCUUCACAGAGCUGUAUGCCAGGGCAAGAGGGCCCAAGUCUAUGCACUUGCACAGAGGAUGGUGAAUGCACGCAGAAUAGAUGACAAGGAUGCUUCGGAAAGGACGGCAUUGCAUCUUGCAGCGUUGAAAAACCAGCAUCUAAUGGUCAGCGAUCUGAUCUCCCUCGGUGCCAACAUUAACGAAAAGGACAAGUUUGGGAAGACCCCACUGCAUCUAUGUGCAGCAAACGGAUAUGUCCGAGUCUUGGAGAUGCUGAAAAACGCUCUGAGUGAUGGAGCGCAUGUUGAAGUGGAGGCGGUUGACCACAGUGGUCUAACUCCACUGAAUUGUGCAGUUAUUGUUCUCAACAAGACAGUGAGAGAGCUGGAGAAAGCAGAGGUUCCCAGCAAUAUCAACUUCCUAACUCUCAGAAAAGACCAGCUUCUUGAUGGGAUAGAAUACCUGCUGGAAAUGGGAGCCAACCCUUCCCGUCCUGAGCCUGUAUCAGGGCGUACAGCAAUGCACUUUGCUCAGGAAGAAAACAACAUGGAGCUGAUUCACCUUUUUCAGAGCCGAUAUCCCAAGAUCGGAGACCUGUUGAACGAGGAUUAUGCGUCGCGCACCAUGCUGGAUGUGAUGAGCAAUAUGGGCAGUUUGUACGCAAAGUAAGGAGGUUGCAACCCUUUGAUCUCUGACUCUUCUGGAAGGAGAACCUGGAAGCUGUGAAGCUGAUCGUUCCUCUCCGCUGGUGAUCUUGCACGGUUUAAUACCGUGUGGCUGCCAAGUCUGGCGGUCCGUUAAUUGACAGUAAAUGUCUUUGAAUUGUGAAAGCCUGAACCGAAACUAGAAACUAGACGUAUUCAAACUUUGAAGGUACAAAACUAGCUUGCUAACAUGCAAUGAAUAUGCACAAUCACAAACAUUCUGGAUAGGUCUAUGCAUACAAAGAUAUUUCAUUAACAUGCUUUUGAAUGCUUCCGCUACAAAAAUGAUAUCCUUAUUAAUAAAUAAAUAAUUUCCAUAUUGCUUAUUUCAUCCGUAACUUUGUACACUCAAUCAUACAUUGUGCGUGAAAUAUAAACACAAAAAGCAUUAGCCGAUUGAUCUGUCUGCUUGACUUUUCUUAUUGUAAUACAUUUGUAUCAUCCAGAUCCAAUCUUUUCAUGGCAUGCAUUUAAUUAAAAGCAUUGUCUAAUGUUUCAAAGUAAGGUUCAGGCUUGUUCUCGUGCAGCCAGAGUUUAUGAAAGGGCUAUAUGAAUGCAGGCAGGGUUUGAAUUUGAAAUGUGAUUUGAAAAUUAAGAUGCUGUCCACAUUUCUACUUUCAGGAGGCCUCAUUGUACUCACCCAGGCCGCAGUAGUCUUUUCAAAGCCUAAGGUUGCAAAUUAGCUGGUUUCUGUGAAACUUCCUUUGUUUGCUACAUUAUGCUAGCACAUUGUAAAUCAUAUUGUUACUGAGAAACAGAGGUCAACCUCUCUCUUGAUUCUUGUGUGUCAGGUUCUAUGUUGUGCUCUUCUAUUCUGAAAAUGUACCUGAUAACAUGUGGUUUAAAUAUAAAACAAUGGUGUCACCAUAAUUUAAUCCACACCCAGGUUGAGAGGUUAUGCAAAAUCUAACAAGUAUUUUAAGAAUAAAUUGUGCUGUAUGUUAAAAUGUAAAAAUCUAUAAAUAGCGGUGGUAGUCGGUUGUACUGUAGCUGUUGAAUAAAAAGUGAUCUGCAUGUGAUACUAGAUACUGACUGUAUAAUAAAUGCUAUUUGAGAGUGGUUUAAAGGAGUCUGUUCUAAACUGAAAGCUUUUCAUUGUCAUUAUGUUUUGGUUAUACAAUUCUGUGAAAUGUAUCAUGCAAAAUUACUGGUGACUGGAGCCAACAAUCUUAAACCGUUUUAGUUUGUAUUGUGUAACUGUGGUAAUUCAUUGAAUAAAAUGUGUAAUUGAAAAAAUA